GCGCCUAAAAAUGACAACUAAUCAAUCUGGGGACACGUCACCCGGCGGAAGCAAUUCCAUCUCAAACUCAUCUGUUAGAACGACGAGAACUAGUGAGGACGAAGAAGGACAAGUUGCUCCACAUAAUGCCUUUCAUUUGGGUUGCUGUUCUAGUCCGGAACCUCAGGAACAAGAUGAGGAGAGUGAUGGACAAUGUUGCGAUGAGGAAGAAGCUCUUUCUAGACUUGCUGUAGCUUCUGGAUUGUUUAGGCGUGAUCCAUCUGUCGGCGUCCAAACUGAAUACAACGAUGAAUUUCCUCCUCUAAGAUUCCUUCGCGCUUUAGGCGAAGAUCCUUCAGGAUUUAUUCAACAGCAACAGGCAUUUUACUUUACUGGCAGCUCAGAUGUUGUGCCUGCCUCAUUAUUACAUCUUCAACAACCUUCUCAACAAAAUAAUAAUAAUAAUCAUCCUCUUCCUUCUCAACUGCCAAUACCUACACUCUCUGCUGCAGCAAACCAGCAAACGACAAAUACUGCUUCAAAUACUGCGAUAAAUGCGGCAUCAGCUGCGUCUGUGACGAUGGACGCGAGUUCAAGUUGUUCAGAUGGAACGUUACAACUAGUAAUCCAAAAUUUUCGUCACAUGUCUGAUACUGUAAGAGGGCCGUGCAAAUAUAUACAGACAGUGCCUUGGCGCAUUAUGGUGAUGCCGCGACAACAUGUAGUGCAGAAGAAGGGAACUCAAAAGUGCCUUGGAUUUUUUCUUCAGUGUUGUCCUGAUGCAUAUUCUGAAUCAUGGUCUUGUCAAGCAUCGGCAGAGUUAAGGCUCAUAUCUCAAAAAGCUGGCAUUCCAAAUUUCAUCAGGAAAACAAAUCAUGUUUAUACCGCAAAGGAAAAUGAUUGGGGAUAUUCUUGUUUUAUGACUUGGGCGGAUAUUUUGGAUGAGUCUCAGGGCUAUAUAAAAGACGACAAAGUUACCUUAGAAGUUCAAGUCAAAGCUGAUCCUCCCAAAAAUAUUUUAACGCACUCAGAGUUUAAAAAGAAAAUUCAAGAUUAUAAGCGAUUAGCAGACUUACAAUGCCAACGUGGACUAAUAGACAAAGCAAUUGAUUGUAACACUCAAGCGUUAAAAUUUUGUAAAGAUAAAGACCCUCAAUGCAAAAUUGAAUUGGAAACACAAAAAGCACAUUUGAUAGAUAUGAAGUUGAAACAAUCAAUUCAACGAAUUGAAAAAGGUGGAGAUUUAUCAAAAAUUGACGAUGAUUCUACAACAAAUUUAAAUGCAUUAAGACAAGCUAUGGGUACAACAACACGUUGUAGUGGUGGUAAUGCAUCAUCAAAAGCAACAAAAAAUAAAUCAACAAAUACAAAAGAUGCAAAUACAAUAACAACAAAUAAUUCUACAAAUGUUGAUAAUGGAAUAAUUUUAGAUAAAAAACAACAGGAGAAACAACAACAACGUGGUGGAACACCUCCAUUUACUUCACCAAAUAAAGAAGAAAAAUUACAAACAACACCAAAUAAAAAAAUUGAUAAAACAUCAAAAUCUGUUGAACCGAAUAAUGAGGAGAACAAUAAAAAGAAUAUUUGUAAACAAGAUGGAAAACAAGGAGGAGGAGGAGGAGGAACUAAAAAACGUCUUUAUAAAUCGGCGUCAACAAAUGAAUUGGGAGCUGUUGGAGCAAUUUGUAAAGAAGAAUUUGACUUUAUCAAGGACCGUUAUCAAGAGGAAGAGGACCUUUUGCCUGAUCAAAUUAAACAUUUUCUUAAACAUCUUUCUGAAGGAGACAAGGACUCUAACCGUUUAAAAGAGCAAAUUGCCAAACUUGAAUUGAUCGCUUCACCUUUCGAGAAGCCAGAUCCUCUCUUGUUGGAAGGAAUUAUGAAACUUAGUCCGGAGGAGGCGGAUAAAGCGCUUGUUAAAGCUAUCACAUUUUACGCACUUGAACGUGAAAAUGAUCGUGAUCGUGGAUCUAUUAAUGACUCAAAUCAAUUGGAUCGUUUAGAAACUGUAAUUCGAAAUAAAUUUUGUGAAUCUUGUCUUCACGAGGGGCAUUUACAAAUUGGAAAACGUGAAACAUCUGAAUCUGGAUGUCAAACUGAAUUUGCUCGAAGAAUUCCUAGAGAAGCAAUUCCUGCUGAUGACGCAACACUUCGUAUUAUGCAACAACUUCAACAACAACAGCAACAUUUACUUGGACAACAUGCUACAAAUGAAGAAUAUAUAAAUGCUUUAAAAACUCAAGCAUUUGCUGCUGUUCAACAGCAACAACAACAACAACAAGCAGUUCAGCAGCAACAGAAUCAACAACAACAACCAGUUGUUAAUGUACCAACACGUAGAAAAAAGGCAGCGGCCAAAAAAGGACUGCAGCAACAACAAAAACAGCAGCAACAACAAAUGGCAGAAUUUCAACAAAAACAGCAAAAUUUGAUACAGCAACAACAACAACUUCAACAGCAAUUUAUUCAAGUUGCUAAUGCUCGUGCAGUUCAACAGCAACAAAUGGCUGAUUGUACAAAUCAAUCAACUGUUGGUCUUGUUGAUGCUAUGAAUUUGGAUUUGAAUAACCCUCAAAUGGGUAGUCUUUUUGCAAAUUCGAAGCCUUUGUUAAAUACUUCUGGGAUUGAUAUGAAUUUGGCUGCUUUGACAAAUUUGGAUUUGAGCAAGAUUCAAUUUUCUUCAUCUGACCCAGUUACCAUGUCUGAAACAAAUGCUGUAAAUGCUCAAGGGAAUAAUAAUACAGUCUUUUCCCGCCAGUACAUUGAAGAAUGGCUUCGUUACAAUACUCGUCAUUUGCUAAAAGCCAAUUUUGACGAUAAACAACAGCAGCCAUCUGUUGCUUCCUCAAUUUCUGCUAGUUCAAUGCCUGGAGGUUCUAAUUCUGAUGCGGCUAUGGCAUCGCUUGCAAAUCAAAUUUAUUCUGUUGAUCCGCAAGAUGUAACAGCAACACAAGCAGCAUUAUUCCAAUUACAUUGUCUUAAUGCAAAAAAUAUACAAAAUAAAGUUGAUGAAUUUGUUCAAACAUUGGAAUCACAUGCUAAUUUUCGUGAUUUACGCAAUUGUAUAGAUCGUCUGUUAACUUUAUGUGCUGAUGAUGAAAAUUUUACUAGUGCUGAUGAUACAGUUUCAGUUAUAAGUGUUAGUGAAUGUUCUGGAAGAGAUUUUGAUGCAAACAAAGAAGCAGCAAUAAUUCAAGAUUAUUCAGCAUUGCAGCAUCCUUUUAUUGAAGAAGACCCACAUGAUUAUAUUUUGUUGCGUGAACUUAAACAACAAGAAAUUAUGCUUUCAACACGUUUAAAUUCAAUUUUGUAUCAGUUACAUCAAGCUAGUAUUUCUGAUAUUGUUGAUCGAAUUGAAGCAAAAGUUAAAGUUUUGGAUGAAAAAUUAAAAAUUUCAAAGAAUGAGUGUGCAACAUUAAAAGCUAAUGACAAAAAAAUUAAUGAUCAAUUGGCUUUAGUUCAAAAAGAAUUUUCUGGGAUAAAUGGAAAAUAUGAGAAGUUAAUUCAGCAAUUGAAAGAUCGUAAAAAUGAAAUUAAAAAAUUGGAAAAGAAGGCUAAAUCUGAAGCUUUCAUGCAAGAACGCUUAGAUGAAUUACAAGAACGUUUUGACGCAACAAAAAAAGAAUUGUUAGCAACACAAAGACAAUUAGCUGAAGAACAGUCAAAAUAUAAAAGAGAUACACAAUCUUUAGCAGAUUCUAAAAAACAUUUAAAUGCUGAAUUAAAUUCAAAAUAUAGUGAAGUACAAAAAUUGAAUACAAAUUUGGAUGAAAAAACUACUGCAUUGAAAAAACUUGAAUCACAAUUGGCUAAUGAACGUAAAAGCAACACUCAAACUAUUUCAACUCUUACUGAGCGUGCUAAGCGUGCAGAAAUUAAUUUAUUGGAGCAUAAAUUGGAUGAUGGUCUUCGAAUAUUAGAGCGUGCAAAGGAUGAUUGUAGUGCUCAAAUUAAAGUAUUGGAAGUUGAUAAACAAAAACGUUCUUUACAAUCUGAAAUUGAUGUUAUUAAAUGGAAUAUUGGAGAAUGGGAAAGUAAACGUGAAGAGGUGGCCUCUCUAAUUUCUCAAGCAAAAACAGAAUUUGCUGCGCAUAUUCAAGCUGUUAAAUCAGGCAAACAGUUGAUGCAAUUGCCUAAAUUACAAGUACCUAAACCACCACCAUGUCCACGUAUUCAUCCAAUGCCUCAAGUAGUAGCAACACCUCAACAAAUAUCGUCUUCUGCUAUUCCAUCAACUCCAAAUUCUUCUGCUAUUCAACAUCAACAAUCACAACAAAAUCAAGUAGUUCCUCCAUCGCCGUUGUCGUUGGAUCGUAAAGUAAUUACUCCACCUGGAAAGACACGAACUGGAGGAGGAGAUAAUAAUAAUAUUAUUGUGACACCUCAACAACAAUCUGCUCAACAGCAUCAAUCACAUUCUACUCCUCUUUCUUCAACUUCAAGUAUUACAUCAAUGACAACUCCAGUUAAAGCUCCAGGUGCUUUGGGUACUGCUGUAGCUUUUCAAUCAUUAUCAAGUAGUAGAGGAAUUGGUUCAUCAUUACAACAACAAUCUUUGACACAACAACAACCUCCACCACAACCACCACAUUUACCUCCACCAAUAGCUCCAAUAGGUGUUAGACCAACAAAUUAUCAAAAUGGAAUUUCUGUUCCACCUCCACCAGUAGGACAACCACCGUCGGCUGCUGCUGUUGCACAUCAUAAAUUUGCUACAGCUGUUGCACAACAAAUUGGACAACAAUUACCACCUUCUCAACAACAAGCAUCUUCGCAACGACAUUCACCUAAAUUAGGAGCAAAUACAGCAACAACACAAUUUAUUUUACCUUCACAAUCUAAUGCAGCAACAAAUUUUCAACAGCAACAAAACUUUCAUGCUAUUAGUCAACCUCAUCAAACACUUUCUUCAUCUUCAUUACGUCAUCAACAACCACCACCACCUACACAACAACAAGGAGGAGGCAAUUUAAUAGUUCGUCCAUCACCAUCUUUUCAAUCAUGGAAUGGUGGUUGGAGUGAUCAACUGAAUCAUUUAAAUAAUAUUAGUGAUAUUUUUGGACAAGGACGUUCUUUUGGUCCUUUAGGAAGUGAUUUUGGUGGAAAUAAUAAUAGUAAUAAUACAAGUGGUGGAAGUAUUGGAGGGAGUGGAGGUACUGGAGGGAAUAGUGGAGUGAGUGGAGGAGGUGGAGGUGGGGGAGUUAUUGGUAGUAAUGUGGUAGGUGGAGGUGCUUUUCGUUCUGCAAGUGUUACAAAUCAACUUCAACAACAACAAGUUAGUGGUCCAGGAAUUAUUUCUUCUCCUUCAAAUAAUACAAAUAAUCCUCCUCCAGCAAUUGGAAGUAAUAAUAAUACUCCAGCAUCUCAACCUAUUGGUGCUGGAAGAAAUGUUCAAAAUAUUUCACCUUCACAAUCACAACAACUUCAACAACAACAACAGCGUAAUGGUUGGUCUGCAUUUACAGCUGAUACAUGGAAUCCGUCUGCUAUUUCUAGUAAAAAGAAAUUUUUUUAUUAA